AUGGACCUCCGCCUGCCACGCACAGGAGAUAGCACCUACUCACCGCAGUCAGACGCCACGCCGCCUUCGCCACCGCUCAACCGCGACAUCUCGCCCGAGAACCUCACGGCGAACGACCGAGUUGCGAGCUACAAACCCCCUCCCCGGCAAGCCGCCUCACAGAACACAAAGCGGAACGGCCACGCCCCCCUCUCCUUUGCCAACACAACAGACUCGGCCGAGUUUGCGAAAGACAAAAUGGCGGCGCACGAGGACAAUUACGAUUUCAUGGACUCUUCUGGUGUCCUCGUCCCUUCCGACGACGACGGUGCCGAAACAGUCUCCUCGGGGAGCUUCGCUUUGGUCAACUCAAACCUAGAGGAGACCCGCAGUGUCAACGGCGACGAGGAGGAUCCGACAUCCGACGAUGAGCACGAGCUGCCCGAGCCGGUCUUCCAGCCCUCCGACUCCGGAAUCACCACUCGGCCUGAUAUUCGAACCCCGGAAGCCUCGACAAUAACCGAGAAGCCCCUCGAGAUUGUCGACAAGGAUGCUGUCCACAUCAUCCAGCCCAUCAUCCGCUCCUAUGACUCGCAGUGGACGGGUGUGGCCGGAGUAUCCAUGGACGAGCUCAAGUAUUCGGUCGCAAAGGACACCUUGGACUGGGAUUGGGCCGGCCCCUUCCGGGUUAUCUUCGCUGGCUUUCCGUCCUCCAUGUCCACCGACAUAAAGAGCCCCGAGGAUUUGAUAACGGACAAGUUGGUCGCAGCUCUCAAGGUUGGCCGGCCUCAGCCCCGGUCUUCCAAGACUUGCACUCCAGGCAUUCGCAUGUCCUAUGACAAUGGUAGCGACGUCUUGCUCAAGGAGAUCUUCAACCAGGAUGACCAGGGCUCAGACAUGCUCGCAGAUAGCAUUCCCACUACUCUUCCGAACUUGGUCAUCAUGUGCAACCAGCCUAUGGAUCUCAUCCGCUUGGAGGAUGAGAAUCUGGUGAAGCUGCGUGCUAUCAUGGCUGACAGGGGUGUUCCGAUUCUUAGCGUUUCUCUUUCGAGCCCUGUCAGCGGGUAUUACAGUUUCUCUCCGGACAGCAAGUCGCUGAAGAUCUGCCUGAAGUCAGGUGAAGAAGAGAUCGGCGUUGUACCCAUCGACCUGAACAAUUUCCUUAGCCUUGAUAACACUCAGCUCAAUCGACACCUUGCAUGCAUUGGCGUUGGUUCUAAUGGAGAGACGAGCGAUAGGAAAGAUAAGACUGAAGAGAAGAAGAAGGGUGGAAUGAAGUCAUGGCUCAAAGGGUCUGCGGCUCAUGUCCGCAACACUGUGCGGACCCAGCCACGGUGGGCUCUUCUUAUCGUUGGCCUGCUCGUCAGUUCAAUUGCCGCAAUGCUACUCGGAGGCGUAACCUUCCCAGGAGCGGCCCAGAACAACGCCGUUCAAAAGGCUGAACAAGCCGCCGCACUGAAUUCGGCUCUUCAAGCUUUCACUGGUGCAAAGACAGACGUCUCGGUAUUACAACGCGAGCUCGACCCCAAUGCAACGGCAGUCUCAGCUGCCACAUCUGGCUCCGAUAAAGUAGUGUCCAAUGACGCUACUACCAAGUCAGUCAGCGUAGUCGAACACCCGUUUUCACCCAGAGCAAACGACUCUGGAGACUUCAAAUUGCGAAUCGUCGGCGAUCGUCACUUUGUCCUGACCCCGCCGAAGAGUUUAGCCUCGUUGUGGAAAGCUCCCAAGAUUGUCAUCCGUGUCCAGCGCGGUUCGGAAGGCGUACCCUUCACAACCGAACAACUCGUGGAAGGUGUUCACGCCGUGAGCGUUGAACCCAAGGAUGCCUACGGUAUCCUCAACGUUACGGUUUGCACCGAAUCUAGACCAAAGAUAAAGCCACAGAACUUCACCGUCGAUUUCGGCUCCCCGUGGCUCAAGAUGUCCCACUGGACUGAUCUGAUGAAGACGGACUUCGUCAUUGCACAAUCAAACGCGAAGAACGCUUCAUUGGCCCUGUUCAAGCACCUGCAGGGCUUCGGAGGCACCAGCAAGAAUAUAACCGACGCCAUUCUCCAUUCGGCCGAUUCAGGUGCGCAGACGGCACUACAGUUGUUCAACCAGACGCUCGCGGUCAGCAACAAGCUCCGCGAGAAGCAGAGAGGCGUAACCAACAACAUUGUCGAUGCAGCCAAGCAGCUUGAUCUGGUGACGCCGGUCAAUCAGGCCCGCAGGAACGCCAACAGGAUUGCCCGCCGGCUGGGACUGAAGAAGCCGCAUGACAAAGAGCAGCAGAGGCACAAAGGAGAGAGCAGGCCGCUCAAGGAAAGGCCCUGCGGAAAGAAGACUAAGCCGUAG